UAAACAUAAACGCAGCGUAAGCGGGAGGUGAGGGUAUAAAGGUGCGGAGCCGCUCUACGAUCCGCCAGUCGCCAGCUCCACUAGCUAACAGUUCCUACGUGCGUUCUUUCGUGUCCCGACAAAAAAAAAACAACCUAAGACAACAUGUGUGACGACGAUGUUGCGGCUCUCGUCGUUGACAACGGCUCCGGUAUGUGCAAGGCCGGUUUCGCCGGAGAUGACGCACCACGUGCCGUCUUUCCCUCCAUCGUGGGUCGCCCCAGGCACCAGGGUGUGAUGGUCGGUAUGGGACAGAAGGACUCAUACGUUGGAGAUGAGGCCCAGAGCAAGAGAGGUAUCCUCACCCUGAAAUACCCCAUCGAGCACGGUAUCAUCACCAACUGGGACGAUAUGGAGAAGAUCUGGCACCACACCUUCUACAACGAGCUCCGUGUUGCUCCAGAGGAACACCCAGUCCUCUUGACUGAAGCCCCGUUGAACCCCAAGGCUAACAGGGAAAAGAUGACCCAGAUCAUGUUUGAAACCUUCAACACCCCAGCUAUGUACGUUGCCAUCCAAGCUGUCCUCUCCUUGUACGCUUCCGGUCGUACCACCGGUAUCGUCUUGGACUCUGGUGAUGGUGUCUCUCACACCGUACCAAUCUACGAAGGUUACGCCCUUCCCCACGCCAUCCUCCGUCUUGACUUGGCCGGUAGGGACUUGACCGACUACCUCAUGAAGAUCCUCACCGAAAGGGGUUACUCUUUCACCACCACCGCUGAGAGGGAAAUUGUCCGUGACAUCAAGGAGAAACUCUGCUAUGUCGCUUUGGACUUCGAGCAAGAAAUGGCCACAGCUGCCGCCUCCACCUCCUUGGAGAAGUCCUACGAACUUCCCGACGGUCAGGUCAUCACCAUCGGUAACGAGAGGUUCCGUUGCCCUGAAGCUCUCUUCCAGCCUUCCUUCUUGGGUAUGGAAUCCUGCGGUAUCCACGAAACCGUCUACAACUCCAUCAUGAAGUGUGACGUUGACAUCCGUAAGGACUUGUACGCCAACACCGUCCUCUCCGGAGGUACCACCAUGUACCCAGGUAUCGCCGACAGGAUGCAGAAGGAGAUCACCGCCUUGGCUCCCUCGACCAUCAAGAUCAAGAUCAUCGCUCCACCUGAGAGGAAAUACUCCGUCUGGAUCGGAGGAUCCAUCUUGGCUUCCCUGUCCACCUUCCAACAGAUGUGGAUCUCCAAGCAGGAAUACGACGAAUCCGGCCCUGGAAUCGUCCACCGCAAAUGCUUCUAAGCGCGUGAGUCAUCUUCGCCCUGUUAUAUUGUAUAUAACUUUUAAAUUAAAUUUAAUUCGAAUCGCAAUUUUGAGAAAUUUGGAACAACUAUUUAAGUAAAUCAGCAAAGACCGCCAACCCUAGGUCAACCUGUACAAUAUUAUGUAAACUCGACCAUAUUUGAGAACUGCUAUUUUGUUUUUGACUUGGUUAUUUAUUUAUGUCAUUGUAUUGAUUUAUAUCGAUGUAUUUUUUUACAUUACGCCAAUAUAUUUAUACAUAAACGUUUGUUAAGUCUG